AUGCCUCUACAAAAAAAACUUUCUUGUCUCUUCAUUUUUUUUGCUAGUCUAUUACUUACUAGAGCUGAAGUUGUUCCAUGCAAUCACAAGACUCCAGUAUGCGAGUGUACGGAUCCUAGGGAUGAGGUAUGCGAGUUUACAUUUGAUAUUGAAAUGCUGCAGACCUUCACUCGAUAUGUGGUUGAUGAUGCUACUGGAGACUCGCGUGGCACUGCUGGCAGUGUAUGGUAUAUUAAUAAUGACGGAGAAUGGGAAAGAGCUAAUUCUAAAGACACACUAUGUGGUAGCAGCAUUAAUAGUACUAACUGCACUCAACCGUUUGGUGUUGAUGGGUACACUUUUCGUUCCUUUAUAGCAGUCAAUGGACGUAUACCAGGACCAACACUCAUUGUAACUAAAGAUUGGUUGGUUAAAGUGAAUGUAAUCAAUAGAUUAGCAUCAGAGAGUGUAUCUAUACACUGGCAUGGGAUGCAUCAAAGGAACAGUAACUGGAUGGAUGGAGUGGAGCAUGUUACACAGUGUGGUAUACCUCCAGGAGCUAGUUUUACUUAUAUCUUCAAUGCAACUCAAUACGGGACUCACUGGUAUCACUCUCACAGUGGAGCUCAGAGAACUGACGGACUCUUUGGAGCUCUCAUUGUUAAAGAGAGUCAAAGCGACAGAGCAAAAGUGAGAAAUGAAAUCGGUGAUUUUAUAGACAUACCGUCUCAGCAUACGCUAACACUCCUUGACUGGCAAGUAUCAAACUCUAUCGAUCUAUUCACACGGAUUCAUUCCGGUAUCAGGUACUAUAAUAUUGAGAAUGCAGCUAAACUGAGCUCUAAUCCAGAAUCAAGACGUACCUAUUCAUCAGACGGUGCUGAAGUGGGUCCUGUUCCUUAUUGGUCAGGGAUAAUAAAUGGAAAAGGAAGACAUAGAAGUGUUCCUUAUGUUAAUUCAGAGUUGAGUGUUUUUGAGGUCUCUCCUGGUAGCGUGUAUCGUUUUAGGUUGAUUGGUGCACAGAGUUUGUAUGCUUAUCGUUUCUCCAUUGACAGACACAAACUAACCGUGAUAGCAACAGACGGGCAAUAUAUAAGACCGAUGGAAGUCGAUUUCAUUAUAAUUCAUUCUGGAGAGCGAUAUGACUUUCUUCUUCAAACAGAAAACGACACGUCACAAUUUAAUUAUUUAAUCCGUGCAGUGACAAUGGAGGUAAACGAUGAAGAAAAUAAGAAUAUAACAGAAGCUAUACUGCACUACAAUACAGACUCAUCUACUUAUCCUACAGCUACUGAAUAUGAGAGCAUUGCUCGAAGUUCUCAAAGUGACCAUGUUAGAUGCACUGAAACCUCCAACUGUACAGCCCUCAACUGUCCCUUCCUGGUCUACCCUCAGCGGUAUCACAUCAGUUGUGAACAUAUUCAUAACCUGAGGCUACUCUUUCCUGUAUCUGAUAGUGAUCUACCUACUAAUGGCGCAAAAGGUCGUACUAGCUUAUUCUUCAAUUUCGGUUUUGAAGGAAUUAGUCAGACCAGUGCCAUUAAUGCUCGUAACUUGAAACUUCCCUCA